GCUGAAAUCUUUUUCUUGUGCCUCUCGGUGUCUGUGCAUAAGGGCCUGGGAGUUGAUCUAAUGUCAAAUUUUCCCCCUGCUCGAUCGACAUUCCCAUCUGCUCAGUUUCGCCAGCAAGCCAUGGCAUCCUCUCGUGCUGCAGAUUGGAUCGGUCCUGAUGACUCUGCAAGUGCGACAGGCUCAGCAGUAUCGUGGAGUGUUGUUCAAGAAGGGGGAGCUCAGCCUGCAAGGAUCCAGUACCCUGCUCCAAAGCCGCCGCCCAAAGGCUUUGAGAAGAAGGUGAUCCCAGAGAGCGCUCCAGCUGGCCAAGAGGAGGUGGAGUCUGAACCUGAUAUGCCUCCUCAUGAUGGAUGGGAUGCAGAUCUGCCAAAGACAGCUCCACCACAAGCGGCUCCAGCUGUUCAAGCAGCAAAGCAGCUCCUGGGUAGUGCUCAAAAACAGGCUGCGAAGAUCGCCUCGCAGAAUGCCAAGGCUCGGAAGAAAGGGCAUCGCGGCAUUCGCUGGGGCCAGAUGCCGGCGGCCAACGCUCAGAAUUUUCAGUUGCCCCCUUACGUUCAACAAUUGGGGGCAAAGGAGCAUGAACGAUCGGUGCUUGUCAUUGACAGCAGAGACAAGCGGAUCCAGUCUCCUUACCAAGGUUGGCUUCUGGACGAGAUCUUGCUGAAUGCUCAGAGUGGCAUCAAUGUGCUGUCCGAUCGACAGUUAGUGAGAUCUCCAAACACGGGCUAUCACUUCAACCUGUUCUAUGUCCGCACUCUGGAUGGGUUCAAGUUUGUGUUGGUCGGCUCGAUGACCUCGUAUGGGACAGUCAAAGUGGAAGGUGAGUUGCUGCUCCACCUUGAACUGCGUGGUUACCGAUCGGACCAGGAUAUGACGGUCCAGUUGAACUACAUCAACGACUCGGUGAUCCCGCGGUUGGAUGAGAUGCUCUUCAUCCCUUCGGUCGCGGUCACGGUGUUCCAAGGGUGGAGAGUCAUUGCUACCUCGUUCGAGGUUGGAGGGCGGCUCUAUGCAUGCAGUGAUGGAGGCACAGUGGUUGCUCUUGAUUUCCCACUUUGCCACUUUGAGAUGAGAGUGACUGCAAUCUCAUCGUCGGACUCGAUCGGGAUGGAUGCCGAUCGUCUGGAGUUUCGCUUCAGGUCAUCUGGAGACAAGGUUGACGUGUCGUGCUCCCAGGUGGUGGUCCCAUCGACCUGGCUGGUCGUUUCGCGUGUGUCAGGCCCGACGCUCGUGAAGAACGCUCAUUGGUGCCGUGACCACCAUGCCAGGAUCGAGGGUCCGGAUCAGACUAUGCAGCUCUCACAGCUGGCUGGGAUCCACGCCCAUUGGACGGCAUCGAUCGAAGCUGGCUCUGUGGAAGAGACGGGACCCAGAGUGGGGGCAGUUGCGGUGGAGUCUCAUGCCUCCAACUUGCACUUCACCUGCGAGUCCCCUUUGUUCAAGGCGGAGAAGGCGAUCGUGCCUCGGGAAGCUCUGGCCAUACAAGCUCACAAUGUAGAGCUCGAGCAGAAGACGGUCGUUUUGCCGCCAGUCACAGGUGGUCCAUCGGUGGUGCCAGCUUCUUCGGUCUCUGGAAGUUUGCGAGCUCUCGCAGGGCCUAUGGCGCCAUCAUUGACUGUGGCUCCAAAUGUGCCUUCUGAGGUGGCUUUGACGGCCCCAGGAGAAGCUCCGACAGCCACCAAUCUGCAGGGCGGCGCUGUGCAUGUUCAUCGCAGACCUUUGGAAGCUCGCCAAGGGGAACAGAUGUCAGCAGCAGCGGUCACUCCGCAGUUCUUUUUGGAUCGUGUCAGCCAGGCCACAAGCGGCUAUGUGGCUGGAUCCAGCACUGCGCAGCCUGGUCAGCCAGUCAGCUAUGGACCCCCACCUGUUGUGGAAGAGGCCGUGCUCGCCUCGCCGUUCGCCAACUUGGCACUCAUCUCGGCCAUGGAGGUGCGUGUGGCGUCGGAGUUCGUUGUCAAGGUCCAUGAGUGGGCUCCCACACUGGAUGAAGGCAUCAGGGAUGUUUUACUGGAGAGCAGUUUUAUGCUUGAGCAGUAUUGGAGCCUGGCCUCGUCGAUCGAGAAAGCCUUCUUUGCUUCAACUGCUCAACAGCUAGGUUUUGGUAUGUGUGACCCUUUAUCAGUUACUUUGAGUUCUGAAGCUGCCAAAGCCAGACGCUCUCUUGCGAUCCGUGCUCUUGCUCAGAAGCCUGCCCAACCGCCUAGGAAGAUCUUGAAGAAGCCGGAGGAGGAGGUGACUUCAACUCCGCUUCUGGAUCAAGAGAAUGCGGCCAGGUUUGAAGAUUGGCUAGCCAGUGAACAGUUGGCUGUGUUCCCACUGACCCAUGACAAGAUCUUGAAAUACGCUCUUGCAUUGGAUCAGAAGGAAUGUGGCCCUUCUGUGUUGCCGUCCUUUAGAACUUCAGUUAAAUGGGUGACCUCCAAAUUGGCGAUCGAGUGCCCUGAUCUAGCUCACCCCGCACUGCUGGCUGUUCAGGCAGAGAUCGUCAAGAAGAGGAACACGACCUUGAAAGAGGCCGUCCCCAUCCCAAUUGCAGCGGUCGCUUGCUUGGAGCUCUUUGUGGUGGAUCCGAACGAACCGGAUGCAGCGAGGCUCUUUGCAUGGUGGUGGCUCUGCAUGGUUUUUGCUUCUCUGAGGUUUGAUGAUGCUUUGCAUGUUAAACCCCAAGAACUUGUUUUAACUGAUCAGGGUCUUUUUGGGAUCGCGUGGCAGACCAAAGUGGAAAGGCGCAGGCGAGGCACGAAGUUCGUAGUGCCGCACGUAGGGUUCAAGGAUUCGGCUUGGCUCGAGACAGGCUGGGAGUUGCUCCUCCUUGAGAACCCUGAUCGAGACUACUGGAUGCGGGACCUUAACUCUCGUGAAGAGUUUCGUGAUGCCCCUGCGUCCUACCAACGAUCAAUGCAGUGGCUGCGAACGCUAGGCCAAACCGCCGUGACCCAGUUCAUGAACGGCAAUCAAGAAGAGAUCAAUGCGGUGUUGGACCGGCUCUCAGAAGUGACAGCUCAUUCAGCCAGAGUGACGUUGCUCGACGCUGCGGUCCACGCCGGCCGCUCCACCGAGGAGAUAGGCCUCCAGGCGAACUGGAAGAACCCUGGUCCUUUGGUGCUUAAGUACACUCGUAAUCGCACCAGUGUUCCGGCUCAGAUGGUGAGACAGCUCGUCCAGGAUAUGAUCGAGAAUGAGCAUCCAAUCGAGCCACCAGAGGGGGCCAUCCUUGAUGGAGAGGAUCCUUCGGCGCUUGAGGACGUUCAGUUCUUUGUCAAGUCUUCGGGCGCCAGGCAAGCUCAUGACUAUAGGCACCGCUGCUCUCAACUUGGGGAUCCCACAGCGUUAGCGUGUGGUCGCCUUCCUUUGGACGAAUGCUCGUCUGUAGGGUCAGCAUUGCCAGAUGCAGCAGUUCUGUGCAAACAUUGUGCUAAAGCUCGUCCUGACGUAAUCCUGGGCCGUCAACGGGUCUCCAAUGAGCUCUGCAAGACUGCGGCUGACGCGGGAUUGCUCAAUGUGGAGACCUUUGCGAUGCUGGGCGACAACAUCGCGGGGGUCAAAGCCACUCUGAAGACGAUCAUCCCAGACCCGGCAUCCUUUGGCCCUGAUGCGCCCUCACAAGAGCUCGCGUUGACCGCUCUCGCGGCAGUUUGGAAGACCUGCUCAACCAUGCAGGACCAUUUCGCGGCUCGAAGGGCCAAGAUGGAGGAGGAUCCCUCGAAAGUCCCCGAAAUCCCUGGCGAAGAUCAUGCUGAAUUUAGGGAGACUUUCGUGGCUCGCCAUCCAGAUGUGGUUCUUCCCUUGCACCGGGAACCCCACAGAAAGUUCGUCGAGCGUGUUCAACGGGACUACUUGGUGCAUGGCUUUGUGCAUUUCUAUGAGGUCGGCGAGAUCCGCACCCGGAACGAGCAGAUCGCUCAAAAGUCAGGCCUCACGAAGAAUGCCGAGGAUUUGCUCCGGGUGGUGAUGAUCGAUCAGCCCACCUCUGCCAGCUCCGAAUCACAGGUCAUGGACAAGUUGCACGCGUUCUUCAUCACCUUAGAAUAUCUGAACAUUUGCGAGUUCUCGUUUGCGGCCGGCCCCCUCAAGUACCUCUCGGAGCUAGAGGAGUGGCGCCACGAAAACCGAGGCUUGGCCCUGUUGCUCACCGUGGACACGCUCAUCCGCAAGAAGGUUCAUCGAGUCAGUUCUGACCAGCGCAAAAGUUUUGGAUCAUUUUCUGCGGCUCUGCUAGAGGUGCUCGCGAACCACAAGCAACUCUGGAAUGAUGCUCGCUCCAGUGCCGAGCUGGACAAGUUCAAACAGGCGGGUCAAUUCCCGGCUCCUUCAACUCCAGCCAAGAAGCGCUCGCGGUCUCGCUCGGGUUCAGCAGUGAAGACUUCUCCGAAAGCCAAGAAGAACCGUGCUCGGAGGGUCAGGCAGAAAGCUCAGCUCCAGAAGGCCAAGGACGUUCUCAGCAAGAGUUCUCCCAAGGAAUCCGCCUCUGGGGCCGCUCGGCCUGCACGCGAUGAGCGGGUGCCAGCCAAGGAGUGGCAGAAGAUCACGGCUUUCAAAUAUGGGGGCCAGGUGGCCUUAGAGGCUCGGCCACCUGGCACUUGGGUCGAUCGACCGGCCGCCCCAAGUGACCGCUCUGCCAGUGAUGUGAGUCAGAGCGUGAGUGAGGCAGCAGAGUCUGAUCAGCCCUCCUUUGCCUGGUCCAAAGGCCUAGAUGGAGUUCCUGCGUUGCAUGCUCGGGGGCCCUACUUUUUGGAGCUCUUCUCGGGCACGGCGGGCCUGUCUGAGGCUGUUCAGCUGCGCGGCGUUCCCACUUUGCCGCCGGUUGACAUCGUGGUCUCCCCCUUGGUGCCAGAACCAGUGGACCUCAUUGUGCUCACCUCAGGUUUGGUCUUCUUCUUGCAUUGUGGGACACCGUGCAAUACCUUCACGGCAGCUCGGAAGCUUGACGGUGGGCCUCCGCCGUUGCGAUCGGCGCUCCGUCCUAUGGGUUUGCCGGAUCUGUCACAGGACAACCAGUGUUUAGUCCUGCUUGGUAACAUUUUUCUUUCCAGGUCGGCUGAAGCUUGUUUCAUUGUUUCUCAUUUUGGGGGGGAUUUCUCGAUCGAAAACCCUCUCCUUAGUUUGAUUUGGGUCACUGCAAUCAUGGAGCAACUAGUGGCCGAUACUCGUGCUCUUGCGCUGGACUUUGAUCAAUGUGCUUUUGGGGCCUUGUCGCUGAAGCCGACGCGGCUGCUAUGCUCUUCUGAACUGCUCGACGACGUUCAGAUGCGCUGCCCGGGCGGUCAUCGCCAUGUGAAGCUCAAGGGCAAGAUGCGGGAUCCCCAGACUGGCUACUGGGUCUUUCGGACCAAAGCUGCUCAAGUUUAUCCAUGGGCUCUGUGCGCUACUAUGGCAGAGGCGAUUGCGGCUCUCUACAAUGAUGCGCUGGCGCACUUCGCUCCGUCCUUUGCGCUCACCACACCGGCAAGCGAUCGCAAGCGCCCCCUUGGGUCAGGCAAACCUUGGCUUGGUCAUCGUCAAGAGGCCACAGCUCUGAAGGCGCAGUGGGCUGGUUACCAGCUCAAGCGGGGUGCCGCCAAGCCCCUCUUUGAGUUUGAGCUCGAGCCGGCUUUUGCAAUUUUGGGAACAGCGGGCUCGGCUCGUGCACUGCUGCCCCGCUCAGUGGCUCUGAUCCGGCGUCAUCCUGAUCCUGCUCUACGCCGUCUACUUCUGGGUGCGCCUGAAGAUCAGGCGCCGCAGUUGGGGAAAGUGUGUCACAUUGAGCUCUAUGCCGAAAUGCUGCGUGAGGUGCGCUCAGUGGACAUGGAGCUCCCUCAAUUUCUUCUGCAUGGCUUCCCGAUCGUGGGCCCGAUCGCCCCGACCGUCCGGUGGCCUCCCUACGAGAAGACUCAGAAGGUCGUCCCCGUGGAGGAGGCAUUGAAGCGGGCCUGGGAUCUGAGGCGGAAGAUUGUCAACCGUGUCCACGCAGUACCUGUCACACAGAAUUUGAUCAAGAUUUGGGAGGCAUCGCUCGAGGAUGCGAAUGAAGGCUCAUGUUUGGGACCUUUUGCGUCCGAAAGUGAAGUGUCCAAGAUCUUGGGUUGCGAAGACUGGAUCCCUACGCAAAGGUUUGAGGUAGUCCAGAAGAACAAGGUUCGUGGAUGCGACAGCGCCACCACCAACAUGAUCAACCAAAUCACGGAGAUCUCUGAGAAGCUCCAGCUGCCGUCAACGGACUCUAAUGUGGCUGCACUGAGGCGUCUACGCUCGUUGAAGCCGGAAGAAGCUCUCUGCGGUUGGGUCCUUGACGAGCGAAAAGCUUAUCGCCAAGUGGCAGUGAGACCUGAUCAGAGGAAAAUUUCUGUGAUUUGCUUGAAGAACCCUGAGGUUGGCUCCCCUCAUUUCUUCAUCAUGGUGGGUCAUUCUUUUGGUCUGGUAUCUGCUGUCUAUAACUACAAUAGAAGGUCUGCUGCGAUCAACGAGAUCUUGGUCUCUUUGUUUGGUUUGCUCGCUUUCAGUUUCUAUGAUGAUAAGUACGGCUUCGAGCCGGCCUCGACAGUGGCCAGCGCCAAGCAGAUCGCUGAGAGUGUUCACUUCUGGCUAGGCGCCCAGUUUGAUCAGAAGAAGCUGCAGCUAUCCAGGUCACCCACGAUCCUGGGCGUUACUUACAACCUGGAGCUUAUGCAACUGGAGAUCAAGGCCGAUCGGAAAGAAGAGCUCUCUAGCGAAAUCGACGCGAUCUUGGCCUCUGGCUUACUGGAUCCGGGCUCUGCGGGGAAGCUGAAAGGCAAGCUCAUGUUUGGUGCCUCGCAGCUAUGGGGCAAGGUAGGCCGUGCAUUUCUCAGAGUGAUCUCGGAACGGCAAUACUUGCGCUUCCCGAUCGGCUCAGAGUUCAAGCUGGACCCGCCCUUGCGUGAGGCUCUAUUGCAAUGGAAGAAGCUUGUUCAGCAUGGUCCCCCACGGCCUAUUGACAUGGUCGGCGAAAAGUGCUCAGACGCGGUGAUCUUCACGGAUGGAUUCACCCCGGAUCCUCGCUCUGCAGAGAAGCUGCCCGAUCGUGUUGGUGCAGUCCUGUUUGAUCGGCGCUCCCGCAGGCCUCAGCAGUUCACUGCUGUAGUGCCUGAGGAAGUGAAAAACAGGAACUGCCAGCACUCUCGUGCCAUUUUGGCGCAAGUUCAUCUGAUCACUCCCAGGCUGAAAUCUCCCAACCCAGCCCGCCCUGUACGAAUUGUACAGGGUGAGGCUU